GCAGUUGGCUAUCAUUUGUCUUUUUUAACUAUUUUUUCAGUGUCUCCAUCCACAGUUCUUGCCUGCUAAAUCUGUUAAUUUAGAGCUUUCUUGACUACUCAUCCCAUGUAACAGUUGAGGAAAAACUAUCUCAGUUUCCUGGGAUUUUUGUGGGUAAGUGCUGAAACUUCCAAUGCAGACCAGAAAGAUUCAAGGGAUCUUUUGCAGCAAUCAAGCAUCUUACAUGCUGCGUAUUUUCAGAAGAAAACUGUGUCAGCUUUGCUCUAGAAUAAGGUGGCUGAUAAGGAAGCGACCAAAGCCGAAGGUUAUCAUCAGGAGGUUGGGAAGGUUGAACUCGAAAGGUCAGAGGAAAGGAAAUCUUGGCACCAAGAAUUCCAGCAUUCACUUGUAUGGCGACUUGGGUUUUUCCAAUCCUAAAAGGCCAAUAAGAAUUGCAACAUUUAAUGUUGCCAUGUUCUCUCUUGCUCCUGCCAUUUCAGAAGCUGAGGAAGCAGGUCUGUUCAGUUAUGGAGAGGAGGAUUAUAUGGCAUUAAAAAGUCCAUUCCAGUUCAACCUUCACACAAAGUCUCCGAAUUGUUAUCCAAAGAGUAUACUAAAGCAAUCUCCCUUGCAUAAUUCCCACACCAGUCCUGAAAGUCUCUCUAAGCAAAAGAAGGCCUCCAGAUCGAAACUGAAGGUGUCAAUCAACCUUCCUGAUAAUGAGAUUUCAUUGGCACAGAGUAAACUGCUCACCUUCGUGGAUGAUGUAAAAGAGGGCGCAUCGGACACGAUCACCAGCAGAAUCAACAGGAACAAUGUCAUUAUGAGGUCCCCUGUUUGUUUACCUUCCAGUAUGAUUAACUUCUGGAAUGAAGGGGGCUUGAAAAGUGGUAGAAGCAUUGCAGAAGUGCUUAGAGAGGUGGAUGCCGAUAUCCUGGCUCUUCAAGAUGUGAAGGCACAGCAAGAAAAAGGCAUGAAGCCUUUAUCCGAUUUAGCUGCAGCCCUCGGGAUGAAGUAUGUUUUUGCUGAAAGUUGGGCUCCGGACUAUGGAAACGCCAUCCUGUCGAAAUGGCCAAUCAAGAGAUGGACAGUACAAAAGAUAGCUGAUGAUGACGAUUUCAGGAAUGUGCUCAAGGCCACAAUUGAAGUACCCUGGGCAGGAGAAGUGAACUUCUACUGCACCCAACUUGACCAUUUAGAUGAGAAUUGGAGAAUGAAGCAGAUAAAAGCAAUAACUGAAUCAAACAACUCUCCCCACUUAUUACUAGGAGGUUUGAACUCCCUGAAUGGAUCAGAUUACUCAUCAGAGAGAUGGACAGACAUAGUCAAGUACUAUGAGGACAUAGGCAAGCCUAGACCAAGAACUGAAGUAAUGAAGUUGCUGAGGGGAAGAGAAUACACAGAUGCCAAAGACUAUGCCGGCGAAUGUGAACCAGUGGUCAUCAUAGCCAAAGGCCAAAAUGUUCAAGGAACAUGCAAGUAUGGCACGCGUGUGGAUUACAUUUUGGCAUCAUCAAAUUCCCCAUACAACUUUGUUCCUGGAUCAUACUCUGUCAUUUCAUCCAAAGGUACAUCAGAUCACCAUAUUGUUCAGGUUGAUAUGGUGAAAGGAGGCGAGAAAUCUCGGCAAAAUGUCAUCAAAAGACACCGGAAACCUACCAUGAAGAAGAUCAUACGCGUGACAAACUCUACCUGCUCUUCUGGAGGCAUAUGGAAAUUAAAUGCUUGAAAUUGGUUUUCCUUCUCAUUGUCAUUAAGAUAGCUUCAAUGCUCGUAUUGGGUACUUGAACCAAAAUAAAUUGCAUGUAUAUCAAUAUCUAUUCCUGA